AUGACUGAAAUCGUCGACGUCGACUACCUCAUCGUCGGUGCCGGCGCCAUGGGCCUCGCCUUUGCCGACACCAUGCUCAGUGACAGCAAGGCGACCAUGGCCAUUGUCGACCGAUACCACGCGCCCGGCGGGCACUGGACCGUCGCCUACCCGUUCGUGCGGCUGCACCAGCCGUCGGCCUUUUACGGCGUCAACUCGAAGCCGCUCGGCAGCGAUCAGGUCGACGAGCAGGGCCCCAACGCGGGCCUCUACGAGCUCGCCACCUCGCAGGAGGUGCUCGCGUACUACAGCCAGCUCAUGCAGCAGCGCUUCCUGCCUAGCGGCCGCGUCACCUACCACCCCAAGUGCGAGUACCUCGGCGACGGCGCCUUCCGGUCGCUCGUCACCGGCAAGCUGUACCGCGCGGGCGCCAAGGCCAAGAUCGUCGACGCCACGUACAUGAAGGUCACGGUGCCAUCGAUGGCGCCGCCCAAGUACGAGGUGGCCGCGGGCGUCGAGCUGGUCACGCCCAACCAGCUGGCCGGGCUGAGGGAGCCGCACGAGAGCUUCACAGUCGUCGGCGCGGGCAAGACGGGCAUCGACACCUGCCUGUGGCUGCUGGCGAGCGGCGUGCGCCAGCAGGACGUCACCUGGAUCGUGCCGCGCGACGCGUGGCUGCGCGACCGCGAGGCGCUCCAGCCGGGCGACCUGUUCGGCGCGCGGCGCGCGGCGACGCUGCAGACGCUGCAGCGCGCCGCCCUGACCUGCUCCUCGCCCGACGACUACGUGGCGCAGAUGGAGGAGGGCGGGGAGGCGAUGCGGCUGUCGCGGGACGUCCCGCCGGAGAUGUACCGGUGCGCGACGGUCUCGCGGGCGGAGCUGGCGGAGCUGCGGACCAUGCAGAACAUCGUCCGGCAGGGCCGCGUGGUCUCGAUCCGGCCGGACCUGGUCACGCUGCAGCGGGGCUCGUACGUGCCGCGGCCGGGCACGCUGUACGUGGACUGCUCGACGGACGGCCUCGCCAAGCUGCCGCCGACGCCCGUGUUCCAGGGCCGGACGCUGCGGCUGCAGCCGGUGCGGCCCUGCCAGCAGGUGUUUAGCGCCGCCUUCAUCGCGCACGUCGAGAGCGCGUACGCGGACGAGGAGGGGGGCGACGCGCUCAAGAACGAGCUGUGCCGCCCGAUCCCGCACCCCAACGUGCCGGCCGACUGGCUCGUCACCGCCGUCCUGCACCUCCGGGCGCGGGCGCUGUGGAACGCCCACCCGCGGACGAGGGCCUGGCUGCUGGCCUCGCGCCUUGACCUUGAGGCAAGCUUCCUCCCUGCGGAUGAGGUGAAGCGCGAGGAGCUGCUGGCGAGCGCCUCCUCGCCCGAGAAGCGCGCCCAGGCUGGCCAGGUGUUGCAGCGUCUGUAUGGCGUGCUGGAUGCCCUGCCGGAGAAGGAGAGGGAUGCGGCCAAGGCAUUGAUUGGCGAUUUACCGAAAUUGGACUAG